CGGAUACAAAAUCAAAUUGUUACACCAGUUAAAGGAAACAGGAGUUUCAUCAGAAGAGAUUAAGCAUCAUCAGUACUACAACCAGGUGGUAUUGGAUGUCAAACGAAUUUUAAAAUGCUUCCCUCCAGUUAUUAAUGAAAAUAUUCAAGCAGACCUCCAAGUAAAAGUCACAGAGCUGAUAAUAAGAGUUCUGAUAGCAAAUGAAGGUCUCCAUUACUAUCAGGAGAAGAGAAAAGUUACAGUGUGUUAUGCAGACUUUCCCAAUCACAUUUCCAACUGUUUCUGGGACCAGAUAUGGAGCCUAUCUACAAUGGAAAUUCUGAACUUAGUGUAUGCACUAGUCAAAAAUGAAAAUCGUGAUUUGCACAAUUAUUUGAUGAGGUCGGAGCUAGGGACAAUUUUCUGCCUUCCGUGGGCGAUUACUUGGUUUGGCCAUGUUCUCAACGAUUACGAAACUGUCGUAAGAUUGUUUGAUGUAUUUAUGUUCUCACAUCCAUGGACCUCUAUGUAUCUAUCUGCUGUCGUCGUGUUGCAUAGAGCAAGUGAUAUUUUUUUGACACCGUGCGAGAUGCCGCUUCUACAUCAAAUGCUCUCCAACGUCCCUGAUAAUCUACCAUUUGAUAGUCUUAUUACUGAAACAAAGAAGUUGAUGCGAACCUAUCCACCAGAUGUAAUGGAAACAGUUGUCCGAGAGAUGCACGCUGAAAAUAUUCGUAAGAUAAAGGAAGAGAACGAAGAGAGGAAAAGGAGAAUGGAACAGAGAAAGGCUGCUUUACAAGGGAAACAUAAAAAAGCGGCGAUUCAACGUUGGACUCCUUGGUCUGGAUUCAGAAAUUUAAGAUCCCAAACUGCGAAGGUUGUUGCACUUAGCGUAAGCGUUGCAACAUUCGCAUUUAUUUAUAACUAUGUCAGACCGAAUAUAGAGAUAUUUUGAA